GUCCGUGUCGGAGUGCGUGUGGAUGGACAUCCCCUCCCCAAUUGAGGCAAAAAGAAGAGGCAGUAUUGUGUGCGGGGGCACAUUUGGCUGCUCCUUGAUCCUUUUAUCUCUGGUGAGAGACGCUGCUGAGACUGGUCUGGUCUGGUCUGCUCCCCAGACUCAUAAAUUUGGCGGGGGGAAGAUCAAGAAAAGCACAAAGGUACCGGCUCCCAGCUCCUGAACCCAUGGCGGGAAUCACCAAUUUCAAGCUCACUUCGUGCCCUUGCCUCCGUCCAUCUCCAGCCUCUUCCCCAUCAAACCCAUUCCUUUUCUCAAUGCGGCCUUUUCCGCUCUCCUCCCGUCGGCCAAGGUUCCCAAAAAUCUUUGCAUUUUCUAGCAAUGAUAUCAAAGUGGGCUCCAAUAUUGAGGUAGAUGGCUCGCCUUGGAGAGUCAUAGAGUUCCUCCAUGUGAAACCUGGAAAAGGAGCUGCAUAUGUAAGGACCACACUGCGGAAUUAUGUAACAGGAAACACGGUAGAGAAAACUUUUCGAGCUGGUAGCAAGAUAGAAGAGGCAGACAUAUUUAAGGAAACGAAGCAAUUCACUUACAAGGAUGGUUCUCAAUUUGUGUUCAUGGACCUGACCACAUAUGAAGAAUUUCGUCUCAAUGAGGCUGAUGUUGGAGAUAAAAUGAAAUGGCUGAAAGAAGGCAUGGACUGUAAUCUGCUAUUUUGGAAGGGAAAAGUCAUUGAUUUUGAACUUCCCAUCACAGUGAAGUUGACUGUGGUUGAUGUUGAUCCUGGUGUGAGAGGUGACACGGCUCAAGGUGGGUCAAAACCAGCAACUCUUGACACUGGUGCUGUUGUCAGUGUUCCCUUGUUCAUUGAGAGGGGCGAGGAAAUUUUGGUGGAUACGAGAACCGGGCAGUACAUGGGUCGUGCGUAGGUUGUUAUGAGAUCGUUCUCGUAAUAGGCUAGAAUUUUGGUUUAUGUUUCUUCUCCGGCUUUGACUUCCCCUUUUGGAUUUGAGGAGAGCGAACAUGCCCGUUUGGGCUUCCUCUGUUUGUGAUUUUUCUAUGAUUGGUAAAGCUGUCUCUGAUGCAACAAGCGUUUGAUGUUGCGAAGCCUCCUAAAGGAUAAGACGCUGGUAGUAGUUUUUCAGGUAUUAAAUCAUGAGUUGUGUUACUGCAAGACUGUUUGUAACUCAGAACUUGGCCAUAUUCAGUGCAGUUUCUUUUUUUAUACAAAAUCCUCGAAAAGAGGUGACCUCUGA